AUGAUAAUAGAAGAAUAUACAUUUUAUAACUGCACCAAUUUAGAAUUUCUCUCAAAUUUGUAUAAUUUAACAACAAUAAAGAGUUAUGCAUUUUAUAAUUGUUAUAAUUUAAAGAAUAUUUCAAAUCUUAAUAAUUUAACAACCCUAGGCUAUUCUGUAUUUUAUAAUUGUUCAUCAUUAAAAGAACUUCAUUGUUUAUAUUCAUUGAAAAAUAUUAAAGUAAAUUAUGAUGACAAAUAUUGGAAUUCUUUCUAUUAUGAGUCACCGUUCAAAGGAAGUUCAUUUGAAUAUUUAUAUGAUUUAAAUAGUUUAGAAAUAAUACCAGAUUAUGCAUUUUAUAAAUGUGAUAAGUUAAAAGGAAUUUAUAAUUUAACAAAAUUAACAAGUAUUGGCAAACAAGCAUUUAGAUAUUGUUAUAAUUUAACAGAUAUAAAUACAAUGUCUCAUUUAAUUUCAAUUGGUGAAUUAGCAUUUUCAAGCUGUAGUAAAUUCAAUGGAACUUUAGAUUUUUAUAAUGAUGUUAAUAUAUCUCAAUAUGCAUUUUCUUCUUGUCAUUUGAUUAAAGAAGUAAUAUUUAGAGGUUCUAUAAUUUCAGUUCAAUCUUAUUCCUUCUCCCAAAUUGCAAAUAUAUCAAUUUAUCAUCCAAUAAAAUUGUAUUCUACAAUUGUUAAUAACAAAGAAAACAUUGAUAUUUAUUAUUAUGGAAAAGCAGUUCCAUUAAAUGAUACUGGAUCAAACAAUUUAAUUUAUUCAAUUGCAUCCAAUGUUUAUGUUCUUUGUGAUUACAAAUCAACAGAAUUUUAUGGUCAUGAAGUUAAAUAUUUGUCAUGUAAAAUUAAUAAAUUAACUAAAAUUAUUGAUACAACAACUAAAAUUUCUUUUUUAGAUUUAUUCUGUUGUCUUAAUAAUUAA